AUGAAAAUCCGAUUAGACUGUUUGGAAUUCGGUCUCCGAUCAAUGAAUUGCUAUUUCGAUGGUUUUGGUUUGUACGAGGAUGUCAGUUACAAGAGUCUCCAGGAAUUGCUGAAGGAAGAUGGUCGUAGUGGAAGUUCCAUUAACGGAAUGCUCAUAACAAAGCUGGGACAAGAAUCUUUGUCCUUCCUUUUCAUGUCUUCACUUCUUACUACUUCUUCUCAUAGUCUUGGUCCAGUGCUCGAUAUUAUCUACCAAUUCAACAAGUUUAAAUAUUUUCUCUAG